AUGGAAGCAGUCAACACCACUGAGCGGCUCGCAGCGCUGCGGCAGCUGAUGAAGAAGAACAAGGUGGACAUCUACAUUGUUCCGUCGGGAGAUGCCCACUCUUCAGAGUACAUUGCACCAACCGAUGCGCGCCGCGAGUUCAWAYCAGGCUUUACGGGAUCUGCAGGCACGGCCAUUGUGUCGACGGAGAAGGCAGCGUUGGCAACAGAUGGCCGGUACUUUAAUCAGGCCGGCCAACAGCUCGAUUCCAACUGGACGCUGCUCAAACAAGGCCUACAAGAUGUUCCAACGUGGCAGGAGUGGACGGUAGAGCAAGCCGAGGGCGGCAAGACUGUUGGUGUAGAUCCAACCACCAUCACAGCUCCCGAGGGCAGGAAGCUGGCCGAGAAGAUCAAGAAGAAGGGUGGCAAAAAUCUGGUGGCUCUGGCGGAGAAUUUGGUUGAUCAGGUCUGGGGCAAACAGAAGCCAGCCAGACCAAAUGAGCAGGUCAGAGUACUGGGAAUGGAGUAUGCCGGCAAGAAAUUCCAAGAAAAGAUCGAAGAGCUACGGAAGGAGCUGGAGAAGAAGAAAGCUGCAGCGUUCGUGGUGAGCAUGCUGGAUGAGGUGGCAUGGCUCUUCAACUUGCGCGGCAACGACAUUCCAUACAACCCAGUCUUCUUCUCAUAUGCUGUCGUCACGCCUACUACAACCACACUCUACAUCGACGAAAGCAAGCUCCCGGACAACGCAAAAGCCCACCUGCUGGGCGUCGAGAUUCGUCCAUAUGAGAGCAUAUUCUCCGAAAUUGCUGCCAUGGCUUCUUCCAACUCCGAGGCAAACGGCAGUGGCGCACCUAAACGCAAGUACCUGAUCUCCAACACAGGGUCGUGGGCGCUUUCUCACGCCCUUGGCGGAGAAGACACAGUCGAUGAGAUUCGCUCUCCCAUUGCCGAUGCCAAAGCCAUCAAGAACUCCACCGAGCUAGAAGGAAUGCGAAACUGCCAUAUUCGCGACGGUGCCGCUUUGAUAGAGUACUUUUCAUGGCUGGAGGAGGAACUGAUCGUCAAGAAGUCCAAGAUCGAUGAGGUCCAAGGCGCAGACAAACUAGAGUCAAUACGCAGCAAGCACGAUAAGUUUGUCGGUCUCUCAUUCGACACCAUCUCCUCCACGGGUCCAAACGCGGCCAUUAUCCACUACAAACCGGAACCCGGCAACUGCAGUAUCAUUGACCCCGAGAAGGUGUAUCUCUGCGACUCCGGCGCACAAUAUCUGGACGGUACAACGGACACGACCCGCACACUCCACUUUGGAACGCCCACAGCCCAAGAGCAGGAGGCGUACACGCUUGUACUAAAAGGUCACAUCGCUCUUGAACUUGCUGUAUUUCCCAAGGGCACGUCUGGCUUUGCGCUCGACACACUCGCACGCCAAUACCUAUGGCAAUACGGACUGGAGUACCGCCACGGCACCGGCCAUGGUGUUGGCUCGUUCCUCAACGUACACGAAGGACCCAUUGGCAUUGGAACGCGGAUACAAUAUUCAGAAGUGCCUCUCUCGGUUGGUAACGUGAUAUCCAACGAGCCAGGUUACUACGAAGACGACAACUUCGGCAUUCGGAUUGAGAAUGUAAUCAUGGUUCAGGAGAGGAAGACAAAGUAUCGAUUUGGCGACAAGCCUUACUUUGGCUUCGAGCACGUUACGAUGGUUCCGAUGUGCAGAAAGUUGGUAGACGUCCAAUUAUUGACGACCGAGGAGGUCGCAUGGCUGAAUGCGUAUCAUGAGGAAGUGUUGGAGAAGACCAAGCCUCUGCUGAAGGACGAGCGGAGUCUGAAGUGGUUAGAAAGGGAAUGUCAACCGUAUUGA